GGCAGAGCGAACACAACAGUGUGACAAAUGUCUCUCUACAGGAAUAUAGUAUGGUUUAUCAAGGCAAUGCGGGAAUUUACAAGGUCUGGAUUUGAGAAUGCCUCUAAGAGUUUCAUGGAGAAGGAUCUGGAUGUGUCCAUAGAUGGACGUUCCUUCAUGAUCACUGGUGCCAACAGCGGAAUAGGAAAGGCGACAGCUAUGGCCAUAGCCAAAAAAGGUGGCAUUGUCCACAUGGUUUGCCGAAACAAAGAGCGAGCCAACAGAGCCAGAGAAGAAAUAGUCGCAACCAGUGGAAAUACUGAGGUUUACGUGCAUGUGUUGGAUCUCUCAGAGACGAAGAAUGUGUGGGAGUUUGCAGAGGCCUUUAAGAAGGAGCAUUCUUUUCUCAAUGUUUUGAUCAAUAAUGCCGGAUGUAUGGUGAAUCAGAGGGAAAUGAACUCAGACGGACUGGAGAAAAACUUUGCGACCAAUACUCUUAGUGUUUAUAUUCUCACUAAAUGUCUAAUCCCGUUGUUGGAGAAGAGUAGGGACCCCAGAGUUAUCACAGUGUCAUCGGGGGGGAUGCUGGUACAGAAACUUGACACGGAUGACCUGCAAACAGAGCGAGCUCAGUUUGACAGUACCAUGGUUUAUGCACAUAACAAGAGGCAGCAGGUGGUAAUGACAGAAGUUUGGGCAAAAGCCAUUCCAAAAAUUCAUUUUUCUGUGAUGCACCCUGGGUGGGCUGACACACCAGCUGUUGCCACGGCGAUGCCUCAAUUCCAUCAGAUGAUGCGCGAUCGUCUGCGUACGGCGGAGCAGGGAGCCGACACAGUUGUCUGGCUCGCUGUGUCACACUCUGCCAAUGCAUUUCCCAGUGGCCUUUUCUUCCAAGAUCGGAGGCCGGUUCCCGCUCACUUGCCUCUCGCAUGGACACACAGCUCUCGACAGGAAGUCAAAGUGUUCAUGGGUCGCUUGGAGACUUUGGCAAUGGCUGUCAAACCAACAGAGUGAGGACACAUGUCUAAAGAGGCAUUCACGCUGACACUGAUUAAUACGUUGGAAGGUGCCGUACGGUUGGAGAAAACAUGAAGAUAUUUAAAGUAUUAAAGGGAUAGUUCACCCACAAAUGAAAAUUCUGUCAUUAUUUACUCACCCUCAUGCUGUUUCAAACACACAUCACUUUUUUUCUUCUGUGGAACACAGAAGGAGAUGUUUGGCAUAAUGUUAGUCUCAGUCACUUUCAUAGCAUCUUUCUUCCAUACAAUGAAAAUGAAUAGUGACUUAGGGUGAAUUGCCUAACAUUCUGCCUCCUUUUGUGUUCCGCGGAAGAAAGAAAGUCAUACGGUUUCGGAACAACAUGAAGAUGAUAAAUGAUGGCAGAAUUUUCAUUUUUGGGUGAACUAGCCCUUUUAUAAAUAAAUGAUAACACUCUCAUGUUAUGUGACAGAGAGCUAUACAGCCACCAUGUGAAAGCACUUUGCAAUAAGGUUCCAUUUGUUAACAUUAGGUAAUAGUUAGUUCUUGAUACAUAAUACCUUGAUACCUAACAAUAAACUAAAUUUUUAACAGCAUUUAUUAAUCUUGGUUAGUUUAGUUCUAAUGUUAGUUUAUAAAAAUACAAUUGUUCAUUAUUUGUUAAUUCGUGUUAUUUGCAUUAACCAAUGUUAACAAAUUCAACUUUUAAUUUAAAAAAUGUAUUAUUAUAUGCUGAAAUUAACAUUAACCAAUAUUAAUAAAUGGUGUAAAAGUAUUGUCAAUUUUCUGUUCAUGACAACAGAUGGAUCCUUAUUGUAAAGUGUUAUCAAAGUUUUCUAUUUCUCUGUAACAACUAACUACAGGAGGGUUUGAAGGGAUAGUUCACCCAAAAAUGAAAUUCUCUCUUCAUUUACUCACCCACAUGCCAUCCCAGAUGUGUAUGACUUUCUUUCAUCUGCUGAAC